AUGGACACACAUUCUGAAAUGGCGAACACCGAGGCGUCCCCUGGAAACACGGCAGAUUUUGGUGACUUCGUGAAAGAUGAAGAAGAGGAACUUGAUCUCGAAGAGCUUGUUGAGCCAUGGCAUAGGUACGACAUAGAGGAUAACCAAAAUGUCCUCUAUUCCGUCCGCCUUGGGGAAGUGCUUAACGAGAGGUAUCUGGUUGAACAUAAACUUGGCUUUGGUGGUGGCUCAACUGUCUGGAUGGCAUUUGACCUACAAGAUAAGAAAAACGUGGCCCUCAAAGUCAUGGCCCUAGGGGAAUGGGGCGACAACGAAACUCGAAUCCAGGAUGAGAUUAUCAAAACUAUACCGGUACAGGAUACUUCUCGCCUGGGUCUUGGUAUUCCCUAUGAAAGGGCCAUCCAUCUGUACUCUUACCUUAAAAAAGUGACUCCUAUGGCCUCUCGUAUGUCUGCUGCUCGACAAUUAUUGGAGACUGUGGCAAGUUUACAUAAAGCUGGAAUCAUACAUCGCGAUUUGAAUGCAAGGAACUGUAUGUGGGGAAUGUCUCCUAUCGAUGGUCUUAGUAGAAGCACCAAGUAUGAGUUACUAGGUCGGCCUCUAAAGCAGACAAUACCAUUUGUCGAUCUCUGGAAAAAGGGCGAGCUUGUGAGCCCUAUCAAAGUUCCUAAAGGCCUUCUUCGUCUAGAAGAAUUCUAUCUCUGUGAUUUUGGUUUAGCAAAGAAAAUCGGCGACCUUACUACUGAACGCGGCUACCCACCUAUGCAUUACUGCUCUCCAGAUCGACUUCAUGGACAAGAACCAAGUUUUUCUUGCGAUAUGUGGAGCUAUAUGGCUAUUUUCUCUAUGCUCUACCUUACAUUUCCUCCGUUUCCUACAUUUCUCGAGGGUGGAGUUGUGAGUGGUAUGGUUGAAUGCUUAGGUCCCCUACCUGAGCAGUGGAAAGGCCUUUAUACACAUCCCGGCGGGCUUGAUUCAUGGUAUGAUCAGUCUCAAUCUCCUGGUCUAGAUAAUGACCGUGACCUUGCUGCGAAAAUUGCAUAUUUUCGUCCCGACACUGAUCUGGUCGAGCGACAACAUGUGCAAUCUAUCAUGUCGAAGGUCUUUGUCUACCACCCAGAAAAACGGCCGACCGCAAUAGAACUUUUGCGAGAUCCUUCAUUCAGGGCCAUCAUGGAUCGGUACGGGUGCUGA